GUCGAGCAAAGUUCUCUGGAAUCACCGAAAGAGUUUCUGAAAGCCUGCUUUCCCGAGUUUUCUGAAAAUAGGAUUAAUAUCUUACUUUUAGAAAAUGAUAAUAAUGUUGAGACAGUUUCGGAUAUAAUUCUGAAUGAAAUGU